AUGUGCACUACUUGUAAAUGUGGUUCUGCUUGUCAAUGUGGCGUGAAUUGCACUUGUAUUAAAAACACUAGCAAUACUACCAACACUACUCAACAAUUCGCGAAUACACAAAAUGAAACUGCCCCUUGUGUACUUGCAAUUGUGGAAGUUCUUGUGCCUGUACCCAAGGCUCUUGCAAAUGUUAAUUGGUUUUUAGAUAUCUUAUGA